AUGGCUUUAACCGCAGCUAAAACAACUACAGGCUUUUUCUCCACAUCUGCCAAGACCACCACAAUCCCAUUCCUCUCAAUGGGCACGAGCGCAAGAGACAAUGUCACCUCCAGGACUACGUUAAUGACUGUUACCAUAACGACAAACGAGACCAGCUUCAAUGCCACCACGUUUCCGGAGGUGGUGAUCGAGGGCUCGGGAAUGGGAAUGGUUCUUGUUCCCUUUGGCAUCAUCACUGUCAUUGGCUUAGCAGUGGCAAUAUUGCUGUAUAUCCGGAAAAGGAAGCGGCUGGAGAAGCUGAGGCACCAGCUCAUGCCCAUGUACAACUUUGACCCAGCUGAAGAACAAGAUGAUCUGCUGGAACAAGAGCUUCUGGACCACGGGCGGGAAGGCAGCCUCACAGGUCCCAACGCCAAGACUCUCACAACCUCCCAGGGGACCACGCAGAGGCCCAGUCGUCUGGUCUUCACAGAUGUAGCCAAAGCUCUCAACCCUUGA